ACUGGCAGGGACACUCUCUCCGAUAGGUGUCAGUAGAGAGUCAGCUCCCUUCCUUCUGGAGGAGGGCUACUUUGCAUAUUUACAAGCCAGUGAUUGUACACACACACACAUACUCCAUAAUGUGCCAGCUGCCUCCUCAGUGCACGGACUGACAUCUCCACACAGGCACUCCUAGGAGGCUGCAGCCGGCUACGUUCCUUCCUCUUCGCGAGCCCCACGUUAAAAAAAAAAAAAAAAAAAGGGCUGGUGGGGGUGGAUCCUGACUGAGAGAAGCUAUCCCUGGCUCCUGGGAACAACAACAACAACGACGAGCAGCCACGGCUGAUGGCCAUGUGAUGUCUCCCUGAGGGGUGAGCUCGUACAACCAAACACAACGGCAGCGUGCUCACAGGAGGAACUGAAAGUGCAGGCAAGGGCAUAAGAGGGGUUAAUUUUGACCUUGAGUUGGAAAACAGGAACUGUAAAUGUGGAGGUGUUCCUGAUGUCCAAUUUACAUACACCCAUCUUUUAUUUAUGAGGUCAUGCUAGCUGUUAAACUGACAUCUGGAUGAGACAGAUUUCUCCAGGAAACAUUAAAGAUAACGCACGACAAGCACUACUGAUAUAGUGUACUAUUAAAUGACUGCUUUUGGACCAGCUUCAGAGGCUGAAGGAGUGUCACAUCUGGACUUCAGAACCAAGUCUUCCAUGUUCUCACAAUGACCUUCCGACGUGUUGAUCAGCAUGAAGACAGAGUGUCACAUGAAUAACUCAUCUGUGAUUUCUGGAAAAUGUAUAUUAAUAGAGAGAGGCAUCAUUUAAAGGGUCUGAACGGAAUGUCUGCAGAUGACAAGACUGAAUCUCCCAUGUACGUGUAUGAGUCAACUGUACAUUGUACCAAUAUUCUUCAGUGCCUCAAUGACCAGUGGAAACAAGACAUUCUCUGUGAUGUCACUUUAGUUGUGGAAGGAAAGGAGUUUCGAGCCCAUCGUGCAGUUCUGGCUGCUUGUAGUGAGUACUUCCUACAAGUGCUGGUUGGGCCAACGGAUCAUGGAUUGGUCGUCAGCUUGCCGGAAGAGGUCACUGCUAGAGGAUUUGGUCCAUUGUUGCAGUUUGCCUACACUGCGAAGCUAUUACUGAGCAGAGAAAACAUCCAAGAGGUCAUCCAAUGUGCCGAAUUCCUACGUAUGCAUAACCUGGAGGACUCCUGCUUCCGCUUCCUUCAGUCGCAGCUUCUAAACAAUGAGGAUGGCUUGUUUCUGUGUAAGAAAGACACCUCAUGCCAGAGUGUGCACAAUGAGACUUUUGAUUGUGAAGAGGAAACUAUGGAAUCUGAAACCUCAAAAAUAUCUUGCCCCAAGGAAAGAAUGCACCAUGAGCCUUUCAACUUUGGUUCAGUCGAGAAAGCAGCAGAUAGAAAUGAAGAAGUUAUUUUGCCUGAUUCCAAUAUGCAAAGGGAAAACAAAGAAAGUUUAGACAAGGAUCCUAUAAUCCGCUACCCACGAUAUAAGAAAUACCAGUUGGCAUGUACUAAGAAUGUCUACAAUACAUCACACAGUACCUCAGGUUUCACAAGCACAUUCAGUGAACAUAACUCUGAAAUUGGCCUAAAAUCUGGACUUCCUUUAAAUCAGAUAAAAAGUGAGCCACAAGAUGAUGAUAAUGAUGAAGAGAGUGUCACGCUUUGCUUGUCUGGAGAUGAUAAUGACAUCAGGGAUAAAGAAGGAGAUGUUGAGAUGGUUAGGAAACAACCCAGCCCUGUUAGCAUUAAUAGCCCCAAAAAUGUGUCAUCUUCUUCUAAUCUAAGAACUUUUUUUAGUAGAGCAAAAGGGGCCGAAUUUACUGACUUGCCGGGUCCUUCCCAACAACAUUUUGCCAGAAGUCCUUCAUGCCUUGUAGAAAAGGGAGCAACUCAGGGUGACCAUAAAACUGAAUAUAACCCUUUCACUGGGAAUUAUGAACUAUCCUGUGAACCUCACAAAGAUUCCUCUAGCUUCCUCAUGGCUUCACCUCUCCGAGGAACUGGUUCAGAGCAUGCCUCUAAGCAUGAAAUGGAAUUAGACAGGAGAAGUGUCAUAUUCUCUUCAAGUGCUUGUGACCAAAUAAGCACUCCGGUGCAAUCGUAUUCUGGUGUCAGUUUGGACAAAGAGUUUUCUGAGCAUGUGCCAAAAGGUCUUUGGGCAGGAGCUAGCCAAUCUCUACCCAGCUCGCAUGCCUUUUCCCAUGGUGGGCUAAUAGCAGACCCAUUGCCAGGAAGGCUGAGGCCAAACACUAGUUGCCCUGUGCCAAUUAAAGUGUGCCCUCGUUCUCCACCUUUGGAAACUAGAACAAGGACAUCUAGCUCAUGCUCCUCAUACUCAUAUGCAGAAGAUGGCAGUGGUGGAUCCCCUUGUAGCCUUCCUCUCCUUGAAUUUUCAUCAUCUCCUUGUUCACAAGGCCCACGAUUCCCCUCCACUGAUCAUCAAGAGGCUUGUUCAAUAGCUGAUUCAAUUUAUAAUCAAGUACGGCCACAGAUAAAAUGUGAGCAGUCAUAUGGAACAAACUCAAGUGACGAAUCUGGAUCAUUCUCAGAAGCAGACAGUGAGUCUUGUCCAGUUCAAGACAGAGGGCACGAGGUGAAGCUGCCCUUUCCAAUUGAUCAAAUCACAGAUCUUCCACGCAAUGAUUUCCAGAUGAUGAUAAAAAUGCACAAGCUGACCUCAGAACAGUUGGAAUUCAUUCAUGACGUGCGGCGGCGAAGCAAAAAUAGAAUAGCUGCACAGCGCUGUCGCAAGAGAAAACUCGACUGUAUACAGAAUUUAGAAUGUGAAAUACAUAAGCUGGUAUGUGAAAAAGAAAAGUUAUUAACAGAAAGGAACCAGUUAAAGGCCUGCAUGGGAGAGCUUCUAGACAACUUCUCUUGCCUAUCCCAAGAAGUAUGUAGAGAUAUUCAGAGUCCAGAGCAGAUCCAAGCCCUACACAGGUAUUGCCCUGUUUUGCGGCCUUUGGAUCUUCCCACAGCUGCUGCAUUCAACCCUUUACCAGCAAGAAUAGAACAAAAACUUAUCACGUCGCAAGAUGUGGGAGAAAACAUGCAGUGCUGCAAUGAGCAAGGUCAAGUACAGCUUGGAAGCCACUCGGUUUCAAACAAUAUACCAGAGAAUUGUAUAGCAAGAAGAGGUGUGGAGGGAUCUGAGCAUGGUACUUAUUCAGAGAGGGACACUUGUGUGGAACAAAACAGCCAAACAGUGACAGUGGACUUCUGUCAGGAAAUGACCGAGAAAUGUACAACAGAUGAACAACCAAGGAAAGAUUUCUCCUAGUGAUGUUACGACGGCAUGGUCAAACAGAAGUCACCCGUCAGCCUAUGGCUGCCACUGCCUCCAGAAAACAUUAUUGGUGCACACUACAGCAGUCUUAGCAGCAAUACUGUUUAUAAGUAUUUUCCUCCUCUGAAAGAUGGAGAUCCUUUCAUGAUGGUGCUAUACCUUGCUCCGGCAAGGGACUAGACAGUGGCUACACUGUCCUCCUUGUGUUCUGUAAUAUUUGUUAAUGUAUUCUAAUUUCAGAUCUUAACAGGGAUGGAUUUAAUACCCAUGUGGACCCAACAGCAGCUUUUAUUCUCAGUGACCCAUGUCACAAACCUAUCUCAGGAAUUUCCUCAGAAUGUUCAUUUGUUUUCAUCAAGAUUUUAUAGGUGAACUGUAUAUAGGUUCUAUAUCCAUAUGCAAAAAGUCCAUGUAUCCCUUGAUUUUUCACAACCUAAAACUGGAAGUCAACUCUUCUUUUCUGUUCACACAGUAUCCAACAUUCAUCUUUAUGUCAUUGAUGCCACAGACUGCUUAUUAGAUAUUUUAUUUCAGUCUGACACUAUCAUUAGUCUUUAGUUAUUUAUAAACCGCUGUCUUGGAAUUUUUUUUUUUUUAUUAUUAUUAUUACAAAUGAGCUUACAGCGCCAGUCUUCAUUUCAAUCAAGCCGUAUUUUUUAUUAGUUAGUUUUUUUAACACAGACUUUCUCCUAGCCACAUGCACUGAGUUUUGCUGUUGUGUGUAAAUUUAACAUGACUACAUAUGCAUUAUUUGUUUGUAUAACAAAGAAAAAAAAAAAAAAAGAAAGAAAAUACUCAGGAUAUUAGGAUGUAGAAACAUUUUCUUGCCAAAUAUUGCAUUUACCAUAUAGUGUAAAAUUUCAACUAAAAUUUUCCCCAGUCCCUGAACCUUCAAAACUGUUCUAAAAAAUGAACUUUGCUUAAUGCUAUUUCUGGAUUUCUUUAGGUGAAAUAUAUGAAACAUAUUCAAAAUCAAAAUAAGAAUGCUGACAAAGGGAGUUUGCUGCAGUCCAUCAAACCAAUGAAAAUAACAUACCUCAUAUUAACAGUGCAGGAAUUCUGAAAGUUGUUUUUAAAUACAUUAUCAUACUUUUUUUUUUUUUUUUUACAAAAUAGUUUAUAUUUAACUUUUAGUAAGAAACUUAUCCUGGCUUCCCUAGGUGUUUUCAUUAGUGACAUGGCCAUAAACAAUUUCUAUAUUCAAUCUCAUGAGAAUGUGCUACAUUGCUGAUAUUUGGAAGACGAAAACGUAAAAACGUUGGAAUUAACUGUUGUUUGUUUGAAUUGUUGCUAUGCAAAUACGACGCAAGGCAGCUCAGAUGUAUAUUGAAGUAAUGCCCGUGUAGUGUACAUGUAACUGCAGCAGUGUCCUAAGCAGUUGAUUAAGCUUGGUAAAGCAGUGAAUUAAGCUUGGUUACCCCAUUCUCCCUGUAAUGAAAGAUGACAAUGAAAUUGCUGUUAAGUAUAUGUAAAUACAUAACCACAUUUCCAAUCUUGAGCAAGUAGGGACUAGGCUCUUAAGAUUCUUCCUAUAUAUAUAGUCCAGAGUCAAAUAAUGUCUUUUUUUAUCCAUCCAUACCCUGUUUGAAAAAUGAUGAUGAGAUGCUUCUACCACAUCAGAAUUAUUUGGGCACCUAAUGUAAUAAACGGUUAUUUGGGCAGUGUUAGUAAAAAAAAUAAAAAAAAAAAUUAACAAAAAUCAUUUUCAAAGCAUAAGUUAGAAAACCUUGCUCAAAAUAUUUCUACCACAGUUAAUAGUACUAUGGUUAGGUAAAACCAUACAUUAUUUAAAGAGGAACCUGUCCUCCCAGUUGUACAAUAAUGCCAAUUCCAUACAGUUUGCUGCCAUCUCAAAAUAGAAGCUAUACAUUUUUUUAAUGUGAGACCGAUGCCUAAUGGAUGGUUUCUUUCAGAUGCAUCUAACAAAGCUAUCUAUCUUUUUGUUAAUCUUACACAUUCUUUUAACAUGAGAGCCUAUGGGCAACAGCUGUCUAGUGGAUUACAUCCAUGAUCAUUAGAACAAGUCUGGAGAAGCAUGCAGUGAGAGGGAAGCUGACAGCCCAUGUGAGCGCUCUGCUAGAAUAGCAGAACGUAUGCACCGCUUCUAUCAGAGUGCUCAUGUGGACACAGGCUCUCAUGUCAUUAGGACAUUAGAGUGAAGAUUUAUGUACAUUCAACAGUUGAGCAGGCAUAUGGCAACAUGGAUGAAGGAGGCAGGAAAGCUUGGAAAGCCGGCUCCCACCUCCAUAGUGCAAAGGACCAGAUUAGAUAACUAGCAUUGGGGGCUAAAACUCUGCAACUGGACCACCCAUGUAUGCAAGUGAUACAUCAUUUUACACAUAUUACCCGCACUAUAGCCCUGUGUAUGAGUUUUAGUGUGGGUGAAACUGCUGUCAGUUUCCCUGUAAGAAUAUUACUUUCCUGCUUGCUGUAAUACACAAGCUCCAUAUACUGAUAUUUGAGCUCAUCUCAUACAGUGUGACAGAAGAGGCAGUGAUCUGGGGAGUGACAUGCUUAACAGCAUGCUUCUCAGACUUUUUUCAAUGAUCAGUUGGAUCUGUACCCCUAUCAUGUCUCUGCAAUUUCUCUUUUAUUUUUUUAUUUUUUUAGGGACAUUUUAAGGGAGGACACAUCUGUAGCUCAACCAGUUUUGGAAAUUCAAGUGUCUUGGAUAAUUUUAAAUUAAUUUUUGUUGUACUUUUCAGACUCUUGAUGGAGGCUUUGGAAAACAGCCAAACAUAAAAAUAACAUAAGGAAUCACAGUCACAUGGUUCCUAUUUGUUAAAACAUUUACAGCAUGCCUGCCUAGAAAUUAAAAUAAUAAUCUAGAUUCAGCCAUAGUAGACCCCCAAAUGACCUAGGUUUUGGGUUUAAUUCAGUUUAGUGACCUACAAAUGCUCAGCUGCUAUAAAGGAUGAUUUAGUGGAAAAGUAGAAUGUUUAGCACCAACAAUUUUUUUGGUCUUACAUAAAUUUUGGUUUAGGUCUUACAUAAAUUUCAUAUGAUCAACUUUGCUUAUGCAUUUUAAGGCACACUGCUUCUUAAGAGUGAUUAUCAGACAAAUGAGCAUUUGUUAGAUGGCUCAUUCCCAAUAAUGUAAAAUGGACAGAGAUCCGACAACGAGCGAGAAAAUGCACCUUCAUCAGCUAACUGGAUCUUUUGUGCAGCCAUUUAAAUCAUUAUGAUCGGCUGCACAUUGCCUUGUAUAAAUGGGUGAUGUGUGCCUGACAAUCAUGAGGUUCAAAAGGCCACAUAAAUGAUCCAGCGAUAGUCGAUCCAUCGAUCAUCGAGAUUGUUGCUCAUUUUAGUGCCCCUGUAAAUGGACCUAUCCUCAUAGCUUGGACUUCUUGAACUACUUAUACAAUUUUCCCUGUUUAGGUAGCUUCCAGACAUAAAUACUAUACAAUGGAAUAAGCUGAUUGGCACAUGAUGUUAAAAAUAAUGAUAUAAACAAAUAUAUAUGUAUUAUAUUUUCCAAAUUGGGCCGCUUUGGCUAUUAUAGUAAAAAUCCUAAUGCUUCUUAAAGGAGUAUUCCAGAAGAUAAAUGUAACAUUUAAAUGUGCCCAGGGUACCAUUCUUACAUACAUAACCUGUAUUUACCAGCCUCCGAUCCAUCUCCGCCAGUGAUUGCUCCCACUGUCAGCACUUCCUGUUCUCAUCCCGACAUUAUCUGAUAGCAAAUCAAUGGUUGAGGUAUGUCACCACUGCAGGUGAAAAAUAUUUACAACUUGUUCAAGAAACUUAGUAAUUUAAUCUUUUAAUUUGAUCAUUUUGAACAUUUAAGGACAUGCAAAGCAGUUUUUUUAGGUAUAGGACCACAAGAGGAAAUCCCACAUAUGGCAUAUAAAAGUCAAAUCUAAAAAAGUUUUUUUUUUUUUUUUUGUAUGUUCUAAAUUAUGAUGUAUAAUUCUCACUCAUUAUGCAGUAUUUGUGGUGUACGCUAUCUUGCAUUUGAAAUUGUGUAUAUGUGUAGUAUUAUACCAGUGUAUUAAUUUAGCCCCAAAAGUCCAUUUAUAUUUUCUCUGAAUAAUAGAGAUUACAAGUAUCGAGUUGCAGCGAAGAGAGACAAACUGUGCCUGUUAAAAUGCCCUAGCAAUUGUAUUGCUUUUUUCUAAUAUCUGACAAUGGUGUCAGAUUAAAUCCUUUUCUAGGAUUUUUUUUAAUUUAUUUGUUUUGUACAUAAUUUAUUGGGUUUCAAAUACACAUUAUGUUUAUAUAUUGUACUUGUACAAAGGUUAUGCUAUUUUCUGCACAGUAAUUAACACUUGACUGACAAUUAAGUGGUGUGGCUGAAGAGCAGAUACCUGCAAUAUUAAUUGAGCUUGGCAGUGUUUUGACUUUUUUUUUAAUUUAUUAAUAGAAAAUUUGUACAUUUUUUGCGUUAACUUCUUUAUGCUCAUAUUCUCUGAUGCUACAAUUUUUAUGUUACACUCUACUUUACAAAUUAUUUUAACCUAAUCCACCCUAGAUACUGCACAUACCUGUUCUCAUUUGGUUAGCAAUAUUCCUUUACUCCAAUGAUGUCUAACUAUUUUAUUUUAAAAUGCUACUUAAAGCAGUCUCAUGC